UUCUUCUUUGCCCAUCUCUUCAUUUAAAAUACUUAUGUCCUUCUCUCAUUUUUUUCUAUCUCACCAUAGGCACUAGCUUCUUUAAAUUUCUCUUCUCUUCUUUUUGCUCUAUAUAAAUAAGAGCAAAAGAUACUAUAGUCUUUAGUGUUCAAUUCAUAAUGGGAAGAUCACCAUGUUGUGACAAAGUUGGUUUAAAGAAAGGUCCAUGGACUCCAGAAGAAGAUCAAAAACUCUUAGCUUAUAUUGACGAACAUGGUCAUGGAAGUUGGCGCGCUUUACCGGCUAGAGCCGGACUUCAAAGAUGUGGUAAGAGCUGCAGAUUAAGAUGGACUAAUUAUCUUAGGCCUGAUAUUAAGAGAGGAAAAUUUAGUUUGCAAGAAGAACAAACUAUUAUUCAACUCCAUGCUCUCUUAGGGAACAGGUGGUCAGCUAUAGCAACACAUUUGUCAAAGAGAACAGAUAAUGAGAUAAAAAAUUAUUGGAACACACAUCUUAAGAAAAGAUUAACAAAAAUGGGAAUUGAUCCUAUUACACACAAGCCUAAAAAUGAUGCUCUUCUUUCAUCAAGUGAAAAUGCUAAUUCAAAAACAGCUUCAAAUCUUAGUCACAUGGCUCAAUGGGAAAGUGCUCGUCUUGAAGCUGAAGCUAGACUUGUUAGAGAAUCCAAAAUUCGUUCACAUAAUCAUAAUCAUAAUCAUAAGCUAGACUUUGGUGGAAAUUCUCAUUUGAAGGCUUGGAAUAUUAAUCUUGAAUCUCCUACUUCAACUUUAUCUUACAAUGAAAAUGUGCCACCAAUUAUUACUAGUGAAGAAAUAGGAGGUGCAAAUAGCAACAUCAACAACAAAAAAAACAACAAUGAGGAUGAAAAUAUUAAUAAUGAUGAAAACAAUGUUGUUGUGUCUAUGAUUGAGUUUGUUGGGACAAAUUCAAGUUCAAUUGUGAAAGAAGAAGGUGGUGAUGAUCAAGAACAAUGGAAGGGUUAUGAAAGUUCAUUGACUUUUACAUCAAAUCUUCAUCAUGAGUUGACUAUGUCAAUGGAUCAAGGUGUUGGUGAUGUUAUUGCUGAAGAAGGGUUUACUAAUCUUUUGCUUAAAACAAAUUCUGAAGAUUUGAGUUUGUCAGAAAGUGGAGGUGAAUCUAACAAUGGUGGUGGUGAUGGUGGAAGUGGAAGUGAAUUCUAUGAAGAUAACAAUAACUAUUGGAAUAGUAUUCUUAAUUUAGUUAAUUCUUCUCCUUCUGAUUCACCAAUGUUUUGAUAUAAUAUUUGUAGACAUUUGUCCUUAUAGUUAUAAUCAAUCAAAAGUUUAUGUAAGAUA